AUGUUUCCAUCGAUAUCAAUGCGCCUUUCGCCAACUUCUGGAUAUUGCUCAAUUCUUUGGAUCUUGGGUGACUACUUGGAUUCGGAUGACCGCCUAAGUGGAAGACACUGUACUCAAAAGAAGCUUUCAAGUCGACACCUGCGGGGACGCUCUCCCAAUUUAUCAGCUUGGCGGUCAGUAGUGCCUCCCAGCUUUAACCUCUUGAGUCUUGUGCAGUUGAGAGCUAUUGCAGGAGUAUCCUCGGACUGA